AUGGUGUUAUUGGAUGGAGGUAGCCUGCCUGUAGGCGAAGAAGAGCUUGAUGCAAUGUUCACCAUCUUGGAUCCUACUUUUAUUGGUUAUCUCACUGUACAACAACUGCAGGAUUUCCACUAUGCACUUUAUAGCUCCACCAUUGAUAAUGACCAAGUAGUGGCAGCAGUGGAUCAAGUAUGUGGGAAGAGCUCCAAGGGGAGGUGUGAUAAGCAGCACUUCCUUGCGACCCUCUUGGAGCUGAACAGACGUAUGAAUCUAGAGCAGAAACUAUGGUGGGACUUCAAGGUUUUAGAUAAAUCUGGUACCUGUACUAUUUCGACCAAGGAUGCCCUUUUUCUUCUCAAAGCAACCCAUGGGGAGAAAUUCUCCAUGCAUAUGUGGAAUGCGUUUAUGAAGUCACGAGACUUUUCAAAUGAUGUGGUGUCCUUCCAUGAAAUCCUUAUGUGGCUGUGUAGUAUUCCAGAUGGUCCCCCUGCAGAUGACGAAGAGCUCAAGGAACAAGCCGAGAAUCUGGACACUGAGAAAUUACGAGAAGAAUAUAAAGAACACAAGAAAUUAAAAUUAAUGCAGGAGGAUGACCAGAUGCUUUUAACUGACUACAGAGAGAAGGAAGAUUAUCGUGAUCAAUUUACAAAAGGAUCUAAGAGAAAAUACAACAGAUGGGAUAAAGGUGGCGUUGAGGCAUUAAUAUUUGAUGAUGGUACAGACUAUGAGGAAAAUACCAUCAAGGCACGAGACAGGGUUAGAGUCAAUGACAUUCUUGAUUCGUUGGAGUAUAAGUAUGAAAUGUUGAGACAGAAGCUCUUCCGGGAAUGUAUACAAAGUCAUGUUGGAGAAACUUUUUGGUCCACGAUGUCUGAAAGUGAGCAGCAGGAGAUGGUGAUGCUGUUGGACAUCAAAGAGAAGAAGUUUCGUAAAGAAUAUCAGAUGGAUAAACUGGGUGCAUUGGCGGAGACAGCGCAGACUUACCCGCACAGAUUAGUUGCUCUAAUUGGCGAUCUCAUACAGAUUCAUGAGUCUCGAAAGGUUGAUGAUGAGAAUCAUCGAACUCAGUUGAUUUCUGAUGGAUGCACUGAAGACGAGGUCAAUGAACGGCUACUUAAAAGCCACCAGGAACUCAUUGAAGGUAGUUGA